AUGGCUCUGCCAAUGACGGACGUCCCGCCCGUCCCCACGCCCGACUCCGCGCCUGCGCCCCCCGGCGACCCGUUCUACCUGCACCUCAUCGCCCUCCUCGACGUCUACGACCGCGGGCCCUACCCCGGCGCUACGGUUCCUGUGCCACGAUACAAUGGCCCGAGCAGCUGGGAGACGGAUAAGAUUAUUAGGACGCUGGGUGUGGUUGCGAAGAGGAUGUGGGUAGCGGAGGAGAAGUUGAGGGGGUUGGGGAUUUGGACGGGGCAUCAUGCGGGGGGUGGGGGGAGUGGGGAUGAUGAGACGGCGCACCAGCAGGAAUUCGAGGCUGCUGCUGCCGCAGCCGCUGCAGCGGCAGCUCCGACCACCCAGUCGCAGUGGCACCCUCAAAGUCAAUCCCAGUGGCCUCCUCCUCCACCCUCGUACCCCACGAACGAAGAUCCGUACUACCAAUCCGAUGCUGCGACUCUCGAUUCGGACCAAGCGCAUUCCAUAGCCCAAGCCCAAGCCCAAGCUCAAUCGCAAUCGGAUGGGCAAUCGGGGGCGCAGGGAGGGGAUGAUAAUGAUAUUGAUCAUCGUGAAACGAGGAGGAUUUUGAAGACGGCGCAGAAGCCGCAUCGGUGCACGAUGUGUGGGUCGUGGACGACUGGAGGAGCGAGUACGUUGUUGGAUCCGGGAGGAGGUGGGGGGUAUCCUGCUUAUCCUACUGACCCCCUUUCGUCAGAAGAAUCCUCCCCCCUCUCGGCGACCGAAGAACUCAAGCUGCUCAAAGCCCAAGUACAGGACGUUGCGCGGGUGUGUAACGCUGUGGCGAGGGGAGACUUGAGUCAGAAGAUUACUGUGCCUGUGCAGGGCGUAGUGAUGGUCCAACUCAAAGACGUGAUCAACGGUAUGGUCGACAAGCUUGGUCAGUUUGCGAAGGAGGUUACGCGUGUGUCGCAGGAGGUCGGAACGGAGGGUAAACUCGGUGGUCAAGCACUCGUGUUGGACGUUGAAGGCACUUGGCGCGAGUUGACGGGUGUUGUGAACAAGUUGGCUGCUAAUUUGACGAAUCAGGUCCGGUCUAUCGCUAAAGUCACGAAAGCCGUCGCGUUGGGCGAUCUCUCGAAACAGAUCGAGGUUGAUGCCCGGGGUGAGAUUUUGGAUUUGAAGAAUACGGUUAAUGGUAUGGUUGUUCGACUCCGAGCUCUCGCCGCCGAAGUUACGCGUGUCACGCUCGAGGUUGGUUCACAAGGAAAGUUGGGAGGUCAAGCGCAUGUUCCGGAUGUUGAGGGUGUGUGGUUUGAGUUGGUGCGGAAUGUCAACAGGAUGUGUUCCUCUUUGACGGACCAAGUCCGAUCUAUUGCGAUGGUGACGACUGCUGUUGCGCGUGGUGAUUUGACGCAGAAGAUUACGAUUCAGGUGGAGGGUGAGAUGAGUACUUUGAAGGGCACCGUAAACUCAAUGGUGGACCAACUCUCGGCCUUUGCGUCCGAAGUCACUCGUGUAGCGCUCGAAGUCGGUACCCAGGGUAUUUUGGGUGGACAAGCCAAGGUUGAGGGUGUACAAGGAACUUGGGCUGAUUUGACUAGGAAUGUGAACAAAAUGGCGUCCAACCUGACGGACCAAGUCCGAUCCAUUUCGGAAGUCACAAAGGCUGUUGCGGCUGGUGAUCUUACCAAGUUGGUGAACGUGGAUGUGCAGGGUGAGAUGUUGGAUUUGAAGAUGACUGUCAAUUCAAUGGUGUCGCAGUUGAGCACUCUGGCUAACGAAGUGACGCGAGUCUCGCUUGAAGUCGGGGAUGUGGAAGGUGCGUACAUGCAUGAUCUCUUCUCCUUCCGUCGUCGUAUCGUGGUGCUAACACAACUUCCCCUCCUCUCUUCUACACCCGUCAUCGCGAACUACCAGGCUCUAACGGACAACGUCAACCUGAUGGCCAUGAACCUCACCAACCAAGUGCGAUCUAUCGCGCAAGUUACGAAAGCUGUAGCUGGUGGUGAUUUGACGAAGAAGAUUGAUGUUGAUGCGAGGGGUGAGAUUUUGGAGUUGAAGGACACUGUUAAUGGGAUGACGGCUAGUUUGAGUGUGUUUGCUGAUGAGGUUACGAGGUGCGUAUCGCCGCCUGAUUGGCGUGCCACCAAUUAA